CAGAUCUCAAGUUUACCCUGAAUUAUAUGUGAAAAUGAAAUGCAUUGCCAAGAAAUGCGGAAUUAGGUUCCAACCCCCAGCUAUCAUCUUAAUUUAUGACAAUGACACCGAGGGAAAGAGUCGCCAGCGCAUCAUGCCAGUCCGAAACUUCUCCAAGUUCUCAGAUUGCACCAGAGCUGCUGAACAAUUAAAGAAUAAUCCACGGCACAAGAGUUACCUAGAGCAGGUGUCCCUGAAGCAGCUGGAAAAGCUGUUCGUUUUUUUACGAGGUUACUUGCAGGGGCAGAGCUUGGCAGAAACGAUGGAACAAAUUCCGGAAACAACCAUUGACCCCGAGGAAGACCUGAACAAACUAGAUGACAAGGAGCUCGCCAAAAGGAAGAGCAUCAUGGAUGAACUUUUUGAGAAAAAUCAGAAGAGAAAGGAUGAGCCCGGUUUUGUGUAUGACGUUGAAGUUGAGUUCCCUCAGGAUGAACAGCUGCUGUCCUGCAGCUGGGACACGGAGUCAGCUGAUGAGUUCUGAGACCUGCUGCCCCAUAUCUCCACAAAGAACUAGGACUGAUCCUAGAAAAUCUGUAAACAUGUGCUGUGUAGGCCGAUGAGAAACAACAACAAAAGUAGUAUAGGAAGAUAUUUUAAUAAUAUUACUCAGGAACGAGAUUAGAAUCAGAUUUUCAAUGAAGGCUAGAGAAGGCUGGCAUAGCAGGGAAGGCUCUCUCUCAGCAGUGUGCGUGGCCCUGGAACGCUACAUGUAUUUUUGUAGAAAUCUAGAUGAAGCAAAGGGGUAAGGAUGUAGUGAAGAGACAAGACAUAGAAAAUUUUGAGAAUGAAUAAUUAUAGUUUGGCAAGAUUGAAAUUAACCUGUGUUCAUUAUGUGUCUGUGUGUAUUUAACUGUGGGGUAGACAAAAACACCUGCAAAAUGCCUCACAGCUACAAGUGCAUGCAGCCUGACAGACAAAAGCAAUUCUGUCCCUCCACAAUCAGGAAAUGUCUACUAAAGUUACCGUGAAACCCAGAACCACUUCCUGUGAGAGGCUGGUUUAUACAGUGGGAAAUUACCCACAGUGAGUGAGCACCACAUCUGCUUGUUCAGACCUGCACAGUUGAGAUGUACAGUGAUCUCAGGCCAUUUAACAAGGCCGCCGUGUGCAGAUGUGUUUAUUCGUACUAAAAUAUUAUCUGAUCAAUAGAAAUCAUAUGUUUUCUACAAGGAAACCAUUAUUCAUUGAAUAAAGCUGUAACUGUGAGUGUUAA